AUGCCUGCCGCCAUAGCUAUUAUUGUUGUGGCCGUUCUCAUCCCUGCCGGCCUGCUCCUCUACAAAAAGAAGCCCGCUCUCUUUACCACGGAAAAUUUCCUCAAACUCCUGGAUUUCUCGGCCAAAGUUCUGGAGAAAGUUGUCGCAAUCCUGGAAGUCGUCAAGAAGAUUGCCGACGUUACGCUGGAAAUCAAAGAGGCGUAUGACAGGAUGAAGGAGGCAGAGAAGGCAGCCCAAGAUCAAUGGAAACUUCAAGUACAAUUUCUCACGAAAACAUAA